AUGGCUAUUCCAAACCAAACAAAUACAUUAUUUAACAUGAAUUCUCCAGAAAGUUGUAGAAAUAAAGUUUACAUAAACCCUAAUUUCAAUAGACCUCAAAGAAAUAUUCUACCAAGCAAUGGCUUUAUGCAUGUAAAUCCAAAUUUCCCACACUUAGUGUCAAACAUUCAGAACAGAAAUCAAAGUAAGAACAAGAUUUAUGUAAACCCUAACUUUAUAAAAAUCCAAGGCACUGGUGACCAAUGUAUGUCAGUUGCUGUUAAUCACGACAUUGGUUCUGUUCCAUGUUUAUACAAUAAGACACAGGGUCCAAACUUUCAACACUCUGUGGACGUCGAAGCAAAAGCUGUUUCACAGCCCGUGGCCCAUUCUCGGUACACUUUAGAUAGGCGUCAUGUAAUCGAAGCCUCUAUAAGAGAAUCAGUCCCAGAAAAAUCCAAUAAGACUUUCCAACUAAAUAAGUAUAAAACGGUUCAAUGGAAAGACGUUAAGAAUAAUCUAUGUGGCGAAAACAAUGUUAAAAAACAUACGACACAGGUACCCAUUUUUGAAGAGCAUUCUCACACUAACCAUGAAAAAAAUACUAGUAUAAAUAGAAGGAAAAAUAAAUUUAAACUUGUUAAUUACGAAAAUCCUGCGAAACAUGAAAAAUCUAAAAUAAACUUGGCCAAUAUUAAAAGAAAUUACAAAUCGAACCCAGUUAUUCAAACAAGAGUCAAGAAAAUAAAAGGAAAUUUAAAGAAAAAUAACAUACCCUGCCCCUCAUAUCGUAAAUUUGGAAAAUGUUUAAGAAGUCUACGUGGGAAUUGUGAUUUCCUGCAUGAUAAAAAGCAUAUCUCAAUUUGUCGAAAAUUUAUCAAAGGCCUAUGUCACGACAGUAACUGCCUAUUGUCUCACGACUUAACAACUAAGAAAAUGCCUACCUGUUACUUUUACUUACAAGGGACGUGUACUAAGGCAGAAUGCCCAUACUUACAUGUUAAGUUAAAUGAAAAGACAAAGAUAUGCCCAGAUUUUGUAAAGGGCUACUGUGAAAAAGGUAGUAAGUGUUUACAACGACAUGUGAAUGUUUCUACAAAUACGAAAAAUAAGCUCUCUUCCCAAAUAAAAGAACCAUUUAUGAAUAAACGUAAUCCGAAAAUAAUUAAAGGCAUUAAUAAGAUAGAACGACAACAGACCAAAGUGAUGCCGAAGAUGGAAAAAAGAAUUCUCAGUAGUGCUAAAUCGUUCGAAGAUGGAGAUGAAAAAUACUCUGAUCAUAAUAGAUACUACAAAGAACAGAAAGAGGACCAGUGUACUAAUGAAUCCUGUGAAAUAAAGCCCACUAGAUGUAAAUUAGGAACAUUACCCUCAUUCAUACAGUUAUAGUAUUUUUUAUAUUAUCAUGAAAAAAAAAACAAAAUUGUUUUUUCUGGGUUUCUGUAUUUUUUUCCAAUGGAAAGAUUUAACUAAAGAAGAAUUUAUAAUGCUUGAGUGAUGACAAGGAAAAUGACUUUAAAUAAGAUGGUAGGAGGACACUGUGAUAGUGUAAUAUUUUUGUACUGUUUUGUAAAAUUAAUCCAAUCUGUAUUGGGUUCAAUAAAAUAAAAUGUUUACCUAA